AUGCAUUACGUGUGGGCCGAGAUUGAUAGAGACGCUCUCGGCUGCUUGCAAGGGAAGACUUUACUUGUCCAACGGGAAUCCUUCCCUUCUAUUGAAUCCUUCUGUAUUUCUACGUGUGAAACAGAGCUUACUGUCAGUAUUGGCCGAAUCGCUAGUGUUUUCAGAUCAUUGUCGGGCGUUUCUGUAUCAACUCGCUUGGAGAGAGCCCCACCUUUUCAGGGGCGAUCGGCUAUACAUACAACAUGGAGCGAACUUAUUCUCCGUGGCGAAAAGAGACGAGAGACGACACAAGAGACUGACAUGUUCAACUCGAUUGCGCGACUGUCGGAUUACCGCAGAGAGAGGUUCAACAUGUCUGAAGACGGAUGCUACACGGCAAGUAUCGCUGCGGAACGCUUCCGCUUGGGCGUUCCGCCUUCCUUUCCGCCUGUCGUCGGCAUUGGGAGCCGUAAUGCGGGGUGUGUGGGAAUCCCCAUGGAGGCGGCUCAAUGA